UGAAUCAUUUAAGGAUCUAGAGAAAGAAUUUCAAGAUCCACUCUAUGAAGAACAGCAAAAGAAAGAGAGAAUGGAUAAAGGGAUUGACGGUCAUCGUGUGCAUAUUAGAUCUGAACCAGUGAUUGAGGUUCUUUCUGUGAGUCUCUGCAACCUAAACCAAAACGAUUGCACUUUGAACGCCAGCAACAAAGACGCAUGGGAGAUCUAUGGUACUGUUUAUGUCCAUGAUGGUAUGGAUCAUAUGGGUAUAGGCAGCAACCGUAUUGUUUUUUUUUCAUCGAGAGGAGGAUGUUGAUGACCCGGAGAUCAUCCCUUUGGUUGGUGGUGCCUUAAGCCUAACUGGGCCUGAUAGUGUUAUGUCAAUGGUUAAACCAGUUAUUGGCAUACAUUUUAUCAGACAAGCUUACAGGUGAAACCCUCAUUUUUAACUAUGCUCCUUUGCUCAAUACUAUGGAUACGGCCGGACAACAUCAUCAGUUAGAACAAUUCCACAAAAUUACUGUUCCUGGUACUGCUUGUAGUGCUGAGGUGGAGUAUCUUGGUCUAACAUUUGGUGUUUAUGCCCAUGUCAAGGUCCAACUCGCUAAGCAACAAGUUGUGAGAAGUGUAAGCUAUGAAGAGGAUGAGGAAGAUGAGGAAUAUCUUGAUAUUUAUGGGACAAUUUCUGCUGCAUAUAAUCUUUAUUAUUCAGAAAACAAAGUUGAUUGCAUUAAUCUUUUUGAAAUCAAGGAGGAUUCUGACAAGUCUGAAAAGGUGAGAAUUAGGUUUCCUGUUACUAAAGUUACACUGUCCAGAUCUGUGGUUGCUGUGCCUGCGUAUUCACUUCUCACAAUUCAAAUGAAAUUAUGGGAUCGUGCUAAAAAUGAGUUAAUUGUUGAGGGCAGCUAUGACUUUGAAACGUGUAACUAUCCUACAGAUAUGAUUAUUGUUGGCCAAAAUUGUAUAGAUGCUAAAGUGACUAUUCAUUGGAGGGAACCAUUUCGUCUGGAUGAACCACUUAUCAAACAGCAUGAAUUUGACCCUCAGGAAUCCCUCUCUAUCCUGCCUAACUCACCAAGUAUUCCAGUGUUUCCUGUAGCAGAGGUGUUUUCUGUAUUUAUCGCCAAAAUGAGGAGCAGUUGAAUCUCUAUGGCAUGGUUAACUUUUGCAGCACCUAUGGCGUAUUUAAUCUCUUCAAAAGAGACAAAACUGAUCCUGUUAUCUUAUCCCCUGGCUGCAAUUUAUUACCUCUAAAAGGCCCUGGAGAUGCUCUCAUACCAGGGGACAGUUUUUAUGUGUCAGUAGACCUUGAGGAUGUUGAGGGUCGUGUGUCGAUCAAAGGGCUAGCUCACUCGAGUGUUGGAAUUGAUAAACAUUUGAGUUUUUGGCAUGAUUG